AUUCCUAUUACCCAGCGGAUAUUGAGCCGUUCUCUCUAAAAACCCUAGUUUUGUAAUCGUUUUUCCCUUUGAUCCUUUGAGAUUUUGGAUUUCGUUUCUUCAUCAAAGUUGUAGAUCUCCUUCUCAUCUAUAACAUACUUGCUUUUUAAUGAUUUCUGGGUUUGAAGCAUUUUCUGGGUUUUUAUGCAUGAUGUUCUUCAGUGUUCUUGAGUAGUGGAUUAGGGUUCUUGAGGAUGGGUUAGAUUAGGUACCAUACUCGACCUCACGUCGAGUACUGCACGUCGAGACUAACCACUCUGCAUGCAAACUCGCUCUAAAGGCUCCAGCAACCUCAUCAGCUACAAAGACAACAUCGAUCGGUUAGCUCGUGAGUUGAGAGAACGUAGAGUCAGCGACGAUUGUGAACCGCACAAUCCAGUAGCCAUGGAACCACAAGAUCAAGAUAAUCACGGAGUUGGUAUACCACGAAACAUUGGUGAUGGUGAUGCACCACGCAACCAUCAACAGAGACAGGGCAUCGUUCCACCUCCUGUCCAGAACAACAAUUUCGAGAUCAAGAGUGGAUUGAUCUCAAUGAUACAAGUUUCAAGCUGCGUCUGUUUCCCUUCUCGCUGGGCGACAAAGCACACCACUGGGAGAAAACACUACCUGCUGGCUCCAUCACAUCUUGGGACGAUUGCAAGAAGGCCUUCUUAACUAAGUUCUUCUCAAAUUCAAGAACUGCUCGUCUAAGGAAUGAAAUCUCCAGUUUCAC